GACGACGACACCUUCGCAAGCCAUGGCCAACAGUCUCGAGGCCAAGAUCGUGGUGCUCGGAAGUCAAGGUGUGGGCAAGACGUCGCUCGUGCACCGCUACGUCAAGAAUGCCUUCACGCCGCCCACGACGCAGUCGACCGUCGGCGCAUCUUUUCUAACCAAAAAGGUAACUGACAUCGACACGUCGACCGUGGUUCGCCUGCAGAUAUGGGACACGGCUGGCCAGGAACGCUUCCGCUCCAUAUCAAAGUUAUAUUACAGAGGCGCAAAUGCUGCGGUACUGUGCUAUGACAUCACCGAUCCGCAAUCCUUUGACGAAAUGGGCCGCUGGUUCAAGGAGCUCAAAGCGAACCUCGGAGACGACAUCAUCCUCCACGUCGUAGGCACAAAAUCCGACGUUGUAGCCCAAGACCCCUCGAAGCGAAAAGUGCCGUUUGAACGCUGCAUCGAAUACGUAGCCGAGAACCUGUAUCCCGCACAACAAAACGGACAAGCACAUAAUCCCCACUCUACCACCACCGGCUGGGGCUCUCUGCCCGCUGCCUUUCACACGGGUGGCAUGGCGUCGCCGCAGAGUAAUCGGUCGAGUGGGUUUUGGGGCCAGGAUCUCGGCUGGGACUGCUGUCAUGAAAUCAGCGCAAAGGAUGGUGAAGGUGUAGACGAGGUGUUUCGCGUUAUCACGCGCAAACUGGUUGAGCAGCAGCAGAAGAAAUUCGAAGCCGAGCACCGACAACUUGUCAUGGCGGGCGUUACACCAGCCAUGGAUAACAAUGGCAAUGUGACGGGCUACUUCGACUACCCGGCCACUGGCAACGGUAGCUUCCGCGUCGGCGCUGGUGAUAAGAGGAGGAGCUGGUUGGGGUUUCCGACUACACCUGGUGCUCCUGUUCACCACCACCACCAACAAGACUGGGAGGAAGAUAUUAGUCGGGCGCAGCAGAACAAGAGUGGGAGGUGUUGCUGA